AGAGUGAGGGAGGGGGAGAAUCAGAAUUCCAGUCUGCCGGGAAAAGAGGGGGAUUGAAGCUUGACUUCGCCCAACGGAGAUCCGAAACAGUUGUUAGGGUUUUGGCUGUUUCAGAUAUGCCAAUCCUUCUUAUUUUUGCUUUUAUGCGGAGCUGCACAACCCAAGAGCAUAGUUUGGAUCCUCAGCAAACAAUCACAAUAUGGCAAGAGGACUGAAGAAGCACAUGAAACGGCUCAAUGCCCCCAAACAUUGGAUGCUUGACAAACUUGGAGGAGCAUUUGCUCCCAAGCCAUCAUCUGGGCCUCACAAAUCCAGGGAGUGCCUGCCUCUGAUUCUGAUCUUGCGGAACAGAUUGAAAUAUGCCCUUGACUAUCGUGAGGUCAAUGCAAUUUUAAUGCAAAGGCAUGUUCUUGUGGAUGGGAAGGUCAGGACUGAUAAGGCAUAUCCUGCAGGAUUCAUGGAUGUUGUUUCCAUCCCCAAAACAAAUGAGAACUUCCGUCUACUUUAUGACACCAAAGGCCGUUUCCGUCUUCACUCAAUUAGGGACGAAGAAGCAAAGUUCAAGCUAUGCAAAGUUCGAUCUGUGCAGUUUGGGCAUAAAGGGAUACCAUACCUGAAUACCUAUGAUGGCCGCACCAUCCGCUAUCCAGAUCCACUCAUCAAGGCUAACUACACCAUCAAGUAUGAUCUUGAGUCCAACAAGAUCGUUGAUUUCAUCAAAUUUGAUGUCGGAAAUGUGGUUAUGGUGACGGGUGGAAGGAAUAGGGGGCGAGUGGGAAUCAUUAAGAACAAGGAGAAGCAUAAGGGUAGUUUUGAGAUCAUCCACAUCCAGGAUGCAACGGGUCAGGAGUUCGCGACUCGUGUGGGUUAUGUGUUUACCCUUGGCAAGGGUACAAAAUCGUGGGUAACCCUUCCAAAGGGCAAGGGUAUCAAGUUAUCCAUCAUCGAAGAGGCUAGGAAGAGACGAGCCAUGCAAGCAGCAAAUGCCGUCUAGAUUCGGUCUCCUUGGAGUUAUAUGCUAUUUUCGUCGGUUAAACGAGUUUUAAUAAGGGAUUAGUUAACUUUCGAGUCGGUUUAUUUGGUUUGGUUUUAAGUUUUGUGGUAUUUCUAAGAUAAAUUCAGUAGCAGCAUGGUGAGAGGCCAUGUACUGGCUAUCUUAUUGUGACUUCCUUUCUUUUUUCUAUGUACAGUGUUUUGAUAUA